AUGGGCUCAUCAUCCGUAGCCGUUGGCGACCUUGCGUUUGUGGGGCCCGUCCAUGCCUCAACGCUAGCCGAGUUCCGCUACGUGCGGGUCAAUCGGAUCACCGGAGACGCCGUGUGUGCCGCGGUCGUGGGGCCCGACUCCGAUGAAGACGAUGAGGAGGAGAUCUCAAUUUCCAUGGAGAUGCCUUUGUUCAACCCGAUGGUGCCAAAGUCGGCCAGUGGGCGUACGGAGUGGUUAAAAGAUAUGACGCGCUGGUCGACAAGUCCGUCUUAA